GCGGCAAGAGCCCUGGACCUUUCAACAUCGCUCGCUCCCGGCUCAGUGCACACGUAUGUCCUUGGUGUGAAUGCAAGUAAUGGAUAUAGUCCCGGAGUGGCUGUCUCUUGUAAGGCGUGUGUUUUGGAGGCUUCUACUACCCAGCACGAUGGCCAGUGGUACAGACGAUCCUAAUUUCAUCCCUGUGGAUGGGCUCUCUUGCGGAGAAUUCGUGGCGAAGCACGAAGGACUCACUUACAAUGACUUCAUUCUGCUGCCGGGAUAUAUUGAUUUUGAGGCAAAUGAAGUGGAUCUCUCCACCAAGCUGACCAAGGACAUUGUCCUGAAGGCUCCAUUUGUCAGCUCUCCAAUGGACACAGUCACAGAGGCUCCCAUGGCAACAGCAAUGGCUCUGAUGGGUGGUAUUGGUAUCAUCCAUGCUAACAUGGAUGCCGACCGGCAAGCCGCUGAAGUCAGGAAGGUCAAAAAAUACGAGCAAGGCUUCAUCAUGGACCCUGUCGUGAUCAGCGCGGACUGCACGGUGGCUAACAUUCUGGAGCUCAAGGAGAAGUACGGCUUCUCCGGAUUCCCAGUGACUGACUCUGGCAAGAUCGGCGGUAAAUUGAUUGGUUUAGUCACUUCCCGUGACAUCGACUUUGUGCCCCCAUCCCAGCACAACCGUUCAGUCACUGAGUUCAUGACCAGAGACCUGGUAACGGCUAAGGCUGGUUGCAAACUUCCAGAAGCUAAUCAGAUCAUGCAGGAAUCCAGGAAAGGAAAGCUACCGAUCAUCAACGAGCAGGGCGUCCUCGUCUCUCUCAUCGCCAGAACCGACUUGAAAAAGAACAGAGAGUUCCCGCUUUCAACCAAAGACGAGCAGAAACAGUUGCGAGUUGGCGCUGCGAUCGGCACGCGGGAACACGACAAGGAGCGUCUAACCAAGCUAGCGGCCGCUGGUGUGGAUGUCGUCGUUCUGGACUCUUCCCAGGGAAACUCAAUUUAUCAGGUCAACAUGGUCAAGUGGAUCAGAGAGAACUUCCCACGAGUCCAGAUCAUCGCUGGCAAUGUUGUAACGGCCGCACAAGCUCGCAAUCUUAUUGACGCUGGAUGCCAUGCGCUGCGAGUCGGUAUGGGCAGCGGCUCCAUUUGUAUUACUCAGGAAGUCCUUGCUGUCGGCAGGCCGCAGGGAGUAGCUGUUUACAAGGUCUCAGAAUACGCCAGAAGAUUUGGAAUUCCCAUCAUCGCCGAUGGCGGCAUCUCCAGCGCUGGCCACAUCAUGAAGGCCAUGUCACUCGGCGCCUCCACAGUUAUGAUGGGUGGCAUGCUGGCUGGCAGCAAUGAAGCACCAGGCGAGUACUACUUCCAAGACGGCGUUCGCCUGAAGAAGUACAGAGGUAUGGGAUCACUGAAUGCCAUGGAGCGCCGUGGUGGCCAACAGAGAUACUACAGUGAGGAGCAGCAGAUCAAGGUUGCCCAGGGUGUGUCUGGUGCCGUACAAGACCGUGGCUCGGUUCUUCAGCUAUGUCCCUACCUUUGCCAAGGUCUCAAGCAAGGUUGCCAAGAUGUCGGUGCCAAGAGUCUGGAUGGGCUCAGGACUAUGAUGUACAACGGAGAUUUGCGCUUCCAGAUCCGAAGCUCCUCGGCAAAGUCCGAAGGUGGCGUCCACGGCCUACACUCGUACGAGAAACGCUACUUCUAAGUCCAUCGGCACAUUGAGACCCAGAAUGCGACGUGUGCAUUGUGAGAUCUGGCCACCGUCAUUCUUUCGGGUCAUCAUUUCUCCCCUCUUCUUUCCCCGUCUGUCUAUCUGUCUGUCUCUGUUGAGUUGUCUGUUUGCCGCGGCCUGCCUGCCUGGCUGUCUACUCUGUUUUCUUGCUGUUGAAACUCUGACUCUGCUAGUCUCAUUGAUUUCUCUAUUUUCUAAGUUAGCUUCCGAUCUCUAUUAUCACUGUACAUCCGUAGUGCCUAGUGGUAGACAAGCCGUGUUGCAUCGGGUGCAUUCACUGUAGUCACUGUGUUGCUGACUAAUUACGUGUAAAUACAAAGCUGUUGUAGCCACGA